AUGUAUUCUAAAAAUAGCAAAUCUAUCUACCUUAACCGUUACAUAUCUAUCUAUCUAUCUAUCUCAGUCUGUUCAUGUCUAUCUCAGUGUUUUCAUAUCUAUUUCAAUGUGUUCAUAUCUAUCUAUCUAUCUAUCUAUCUAUUAUCUAUCUAUCUAUCUCAGUCUGUUCAUGUCUAUCUCAGUGUUUUCAUAUCUAUCUAUCUAUCUAUCUAUCUAUCUAUCUAUCUAUCUAUCUAUCUAUUUAUCUAUCUAUUUUGCAGGUUAUGCGUGGUUUUCUUCUGUUCCUCUUGUCUUCAAUAUGUCUCUAUCUCUUUCUGUAUCAUAUUUCUCUAUUUAUGUCUCUUUCUAUAUCAUAUAUCUCUAUCUCUUUCUAUAUCAUAUAUCUCUAUCUCUUUCUAUAUCAUAUAUCUCUAUCUCUUUCUAUAUCAUAUGUCUUUAUCUCUAUAUCAUAUUUCUCUAUCUCUUUCAAUAUCAUAUUUCUCUAUCUCUAUCUAUAUCAUAUUCCUCUAUCUCUAUCUCUUUCUAUAUCAUGUUUCUCUAUCUCUAUUGCUUUCUAUAUCAUGUUUCUCUAUCUCUAUUGCUUUCUAUAUUAUAUGUCUCUAUCACUAUCUCUUUCUAUAUCAUAUAUCUCAUCGUUUUCUAUAUAAUGUCUUUAUCUCUUUUUAUAUCAUAUUUCUCUCUAUUUCUUUGUAUAUCAUAUUUCUCUAUCUCUAUCUCUUUCUAUAUCAUGUCUAUCUCUUUCUAUAUCAUUUCUCUAUCUCUAUCUCUUUCUAUAUCAUAUUUCUCUAUCUCUAUUGCUUUCUAUAUCAUGUUUCUCUAUCUCUAUUGCUUUCUAUAUUAUAUGUCUCUAUCACUAUCUCUUUCUAUAUCAUAUAUCUCAUCGUUUUCUAUAUAAUGUCUUUAUCUCUUUCUAUAUCAUAUUUCUCUCUAUUUCUUUGUAUAUCAUAUUUCUCUAUCUCUAUCUCUUUCUAUAUCAUGUCUUUAUCUCUUUCUAUAUCAUGUUUCUCUAUCUCUAUCGCUUUCUGUAUCAUAUGUCUUUAUCUCUAUCUCUUUCUGAUGGUCACUGCACAGCUGAACACCAGACCAGGUCAUUCCACAAGUCUCAGUUAUAUGCCAAUGUCUGUAUCUCUCGGAAAGGAUCUUCCAUACUGUUUACUGCUACUGCUCCUUUAUAAAGAAAGGAAGAAAGUAUCUGGAAAAACAAGGAGUCGAAAAGAAGCUGUAAAAAUGAAGAGAGAUUUGUAUACAUUUUUUGUUGGAACUGUGGCACUUGGUGUGUUCGCUUUAUUUCUCUUCGAUUCUACUAUUGCCCAAGGUACAGAUAACACAGAUAUAGAUGCUGAUAAUAGCUCAAAUGGUAAAUCGACAGUACCAUCAGUUACAACAAGCAUAUUAACAUCGACAAAGCCGUCUGCCACCAACACCACCACCACCGUUUCUCCUAACACCACCACCACCGUUUCUCCUAACACCACCACCGCCGUUUCUCCUAACACCACCAUAUCUUCUACUACCACAAAACAAAGCAGCUCUACAUCCCCCAGCAGAACCACUUCACAUGUGUUGACCACAAUUUCCACCUCGUCCACUGCAGCUGCUCCAACUACUCCUCCACAACACUUUGAUGCAGCAUCUUUUAUUGGUGGAAUCAUCCUUUGUGCCGGACUACACAUAGCCACACUGACUGCAGCAACGGUUAAUGGCAUGCCACUACAUGUGCGUGUAUGUGCAUAUGCUUUCUGCAUAUGCAACUGUAGAUCUAGAAGAGACAUGAGUCUUGUUCGAAUCCCCGCCCUGGGUCUGUUGGCCAGUUGUUGGAGUAAACUGGACAUAUGGGGUAGCUCCACUCAGCUUAGAAUACGGAAUCUAAGGACAGGAGAGGGAGAGAGAAAAAACAGCAAAGGCACUGAGUAA